AUACAAUUAAAAAGCAUAAAUCAAUAAAUAUUAAUCUAAAAAUAAUCUAUAAAUAUAUAUAUAAAAAGGCAGUAAAUGAAAAAGGGCAAAAAAGAUUUCAUGGCGCAUUUACAGGUGGUUUUUAAGCUGGAUAUAAUAAUACAGUAGGAUCUGAAUAAGGAUUUGCCCCAAAAACAUUUGUUUCUUCUAGAAAUAAAAAAGCAGAAUCUUAAGCAUAAAAUAUAUAAGAUUUUAUGGAUGAAGAUGAUUUAGUAUUUUUAAGAAAUUUCGAUUUGUUAUAAGAAUAUUAAUAAUAAAUAAAAUAUAAAGGGAGGGCAUGUAAUAGGAUAAAAUUUAACAGCAAAAGAUGAAUUUGAAACUUAUUCAAACACAAAAAAAGAAAUUAUUUAAAAAAAUUUAGGAUAAAGGUAUAUAUAGUUUUUCUUAUAUUAAAAAUUAAAAUAAUUAAUUAAAGUAUUUUAGGGUUAGCACCUAAUGAAUUAAUUGUAGAAUCAAGAAACACUAUAGGAUGGGAAAUAUUAUAAAAUAUUAAAAGCAGAAAAAAAAUAAAAGCUUAUAAUAAUAUUAAGAAGAAAAUGUCGAUUUAUUUGAUAUGUUUACUGAUAUGGAAAAUUAUUAAAUUAAAUAAAAUUUUCAUGGCAUUGGAUAUAAUGCAAAUAAUAAAAGAAGUAAUAUUUUUGAAGAAGAAUUUAAUAGAAUUAUGAAA